AUAAAGUAAAAAUCGACAAAGUGGCUUUUAUUAAACCUAAAUUUACGACUACAGUUAACCGAAAAAUUAAACGUGCAAGAUCAAACGAAACUUGUGACAAAAAAUACUUGAAACGUAUUUAUACUGAAUAUGAAUCAAGAGUCAGUGAAAUUUAUCCUGAUCAUAUUGAAUUUGAUAAUGUUUUUUUAUGUGAGA